AUGUCCUUCCAACGUCAACUGCUACUAUGGCUUUGUGCCAGCUUCUCCGUGAUUCUAUCCACCCCAGUGUUUGCAGCAGAUACACAAGCCUGGAAGUUAAGAUCAGUUUAUCAAACCAUGACUGAUCGAUUCGCACGUACAGAUGGAUCCACAACCCAGGCUUGCAACACGACCCAAGGCCUUUAUUGUGGCGGAACAUGGAGAGGGAUGAUCAGCCGUCUUGACUACAUCCAGGGUAUGGGAUUCGAUGCGGUUAUGAUCUCUCCCAUCAUCAAGAACAUUGAUGGUCGAGUCUCGUACGGCGAGGCUUAUCAUGGCUACUGGGCCGAGGAUUUAUACUCUCUGAAUCCUCAUUUUGGGACCCAUCAGGAUCUACUAGAUCUAAGUCGAGCUCUUCAUGACAGAGGCAUGUAUCUCAUGGUAGACACUGUCAUUAACAAUAUGGCCUACAUCACCCAUGGCGGAAAUCCAGCAACGGAUGUUAACUAUACCACCUUCAAGCCUUUCAAUGGACCACAGUACUACCACCCAUACUGCAAGAUUAACGACUACAACAACUACCCGGAGGCACAGCAGUGCUGGACGGGGGAUAAUAUCGUUGCGCUCCCAGAUCUGAAAACCGAAGAUGAACAAGUCCAGUCGGUGCUCAACAAGUGGAUUCAAGAUAUGAUAUCAACAUACUCGAUCGAUGGCCUUCGUCUCGACGCCGCAAAGCAUGUCACACCGGAUUUCUUACCCAAGUUCCAAGAGGCCGCAAAUGCUUUCAUUACAGGCGAAGUAUACGAAAAGUCAAUUGACAUCGUCUGCAGCUACCAGAAGGAGCUCACCAGUGUCCCGAAUUAUCCAAUUUACUUCGCUCUCCUGGACGCUUUCACAAAGGGCAACACAAGCACACUUCCCGACGAAGUCGAGGUCAUGAAACAUUCAUGUCCCAAUGUAACGGCUCUCACAACAUUUUCCGAGAACCACGAUGUUGCUAGGUUUGCUAGUAUGCAAGACGACAUGAACCUUGCCAAAAACAUCUUGACAUUCACAAUCCUCUUCGAUGGUAUUCCAAUGGUCUACCAAGGCCAAGAACAACAUUUCUCUGGUGCUCAUGACCCCGAAAACCGCGAAGCCCUCUGGUUAUCCAACUACAACACCGACGCGCCCUUGUACAACGUGAUCAAAACCCUAAACCGGCUGCGCAAGCAUGCCAUCCAAAUCGACCCCAACUACAUCGACACCCAGACCUACCCCGUUUACCGGGGACCCAGCGAAAUGGGAUUCCGCAAGGGCCGCGAGGGACGACAGAUCGUAAUGGUUCUCUCUACGCAGGGAAGCAAGAGCGGGGAAUACACAAUCCGCAUGAUGAACGGGUACCAGCCCUCCUAUGUGGUUAUUGAUGUGUUUACGUGCCGCACGUACACAGUGAAUGAUAUGGGUGAGCUGAGGUUGGAGAUGGACAAAGGUGAGCCGAGGGUCCUGUACCCUGUGAAUUUGAUGUAUGGGAGUGGGCUUUGUGGCUAUGGGACGGCGAAGGUCACGUAUCUGGAUUUCGUCCGUAAUCAGUCUUCGCCGUCGCCGACUCCAACGUCCUCUGAGGGCUGGGUUCCUCGGGGCGAUCUUCAGGAGUCGUGUAAUUCGUACGCUUACAGUUGA